CCAGACCCCAGAUCCUGCGACGCGAGCCAGGAGUCCGGAGCAUGUGGUUCCCGCUCUCGUGGCCUCUGCCACCACUACGAUGCCAUGGCCGCUGCGCGCGCUGCUCCUGGGGGCCCUCGGCGCCCGGCCGUCGGGCGGCUCCCUGGCGGACGACGUCCUCGACGCGGCGGCGCGGGGGGAUCUGCAGGAGGUCCGGCGGCUGGUGGAGGAUGCAAGGGCUGGUCCUGGGCAAGGCGUCGGGACCUUUUUUUGGGGGAUCGACGUCGUGAAGCACAAGUCAUGACGUGUGGGGUCUGGGGAGCGCGGCGCGGAGCCCGACGCGCGGGACCGGGACGGGUGGCGGCCGGUGCACUACGCGGCCAGCGGGGGGCACCUGCGGGUCGUGAAGUACCUCGUGGAUCGGCGGGGCGCGGAGGCCGAUGCGCGGGACCAGCACGGCGCGCAGGCGGUGCACUACGCGGCAAGCGGGGGGCACCUGCGCGUUGUGAAGCACCUCGUCCAGGAGCCCGGCGCGGAUGCCGAUGCGCGGGACGGAGACGGCCGGCAGCCGCUGCACUACGCGGCGGGGUGGGGCCACGCGCAGGUCGUGAGGUACCUCGUGGAGGCUCGGGGCGCGGAGGUGGACGCUCGGGACCAGGACGGCUGGCAGCCAGUCCACUUUGCGGCAGGAGGGGGCCACUCGCAGGUCAUGGGCUACCUCGUGGGUCAGCGGGGCGCGCAGGCCGACGCGCGGGACAUGGGCGGCUCGCAGCCCGUGCACUGCGCGGCCUGCGGGGGCCACGUUCGGAUCGUGAGGUACCUCGUAGAAGAGCGGGGCGCAGAGGCCGCCGCGCGGGACCUCGACGGCAGGCGGCCCGUGCAUUACGCCGUCGGGUGGGGCCACUUGCAGGUCGCGAAGUACCUCCUGGAAGAGCGGGGUGUGGAGGCGGACGCUCGGGACCGGGACGGUCGGCAACCCGUGUUCUUCGCGGCCAGCAAAGGCCACUUGCAAGUCGUGAAGUACCUCGCGGAGGAGUGGGGCGCGGAGGCCGACGCGCGGGACCGGGACGGCCAGCGUCCAGUGCACUGCGCGGCACAGGAAGGCCACUUGCAAGUCGUGGAGUACCUCGUGGAGGCGCGGGGCGCGGAGGCCGACGCGCGGGACCGGGAAGGCCGGCGUCCAGUGCAUUGCGCGGCAAAGGAAGGCCACCUGCGGGUCGUGGAGUACCUCGUGGAAGGGCGGGGCGCGGAGGCCGACGCGCGGGACCGGGGCGGCUGGAAGCCGCUGCACCAUGCGGCCAAGUCGGGCCACUUGCAGGUCGUGAGGUACCUCGUGGAGGAUCGGGGCGCGGAGGCCGACACGUGGGGCCGGGACGGCUGGCAGCCUGUGCGCUACGCGGCCAGGCUGGGCCACGUGCACUUCGCAAGAGUUGCAGUGUCAGUCGAGUCCAGCGCUUCCUCACAGGCUUCCUAGACGGCAUCGGCUUGCGCAUACUUUGCCGUCAUCAUCAUGGGAACAGCGUCGUACGUUCUGGAUCCUGGCACGUUCGACUUCUAGUCUGGCUGACUCCAGUCCGCCGACCUCAGCUCUGGGUAUCCUCGCAUGCCGGUCGGUUUGCCGUGCGCUUCGUCUCUUGUCUCUCUUGGGGUCGACGCCGAUCGGUUUCUGUUUCCGCCGGUCUCUGGCGCACUCGCCUCUCUUGGGCUCGGCGCUUUGGGCCGUUUUCCUCCAGGGAGGAAAACCCACCCGAACCCGACCAUUUGGCGUUUCCUAAACGGCCCUGGGCGGUUACUGAACACAGCCCGGCCUUGUCUGUAAUAUGACCUUUCGGCCGGCCGAGUGCCCAGCGGCGCGUGGCCCGCAGCACCGCGCGGCCCCCAGUGGCCGCCGUGGCCGUCGGGGCCGUCGUGCGUGGUGUGAGAGUCUGGGAGGGUCGGGUCGGGUCGUCCGGGG